GUAUCAAAUAGUGUCUAAUUAUGGAGUCUCUAUUUAAGGAGGGUGAUGUGUUGAAGAACAAGAAGGUUAGUUAGUUAAAUCGGCAAGAGAGAUGAUGAUAUUGGACGCUAUCCACAAGUUUCUCAACAUGGUGGCUCCGCCCUUCACCUUCUUCACCUUGCUCCUCUUCUGGCCCCCAUACCAAAUCUUCAAGCUCUUCCUCUCCCUCUUGGAUUCCACUUCCCCGGAGGACGUCUCUGGCAAGGUUGUCGUCAUCACCGGUGCUUCCUCCGGCAUUGGUGAGCCAGAGAUUAAGACACCUGCCAUACCAGAAAAAGAAAGUGCUGCCAAGGAAUCUGCUGCUGCACAAGAAAAGGAAAGUGCUGCUAAGGAAUCUACUGGCAAGAAGAAGGUGAAAAUAUCUGAACCAAAGAAAGUACAGGAGGAAGGUGAAGAUGAUGAAAGCAGUGAUGAAGAUGAAGACAUGGAUGCUGACGAUGAUGAUUCUGAUCUUGAGUUAGAUUCGGAUGAAGAUGAAAGUGAUUCUGAAGAUGAAGAAUCAGAGGAUGAAGAGACUCCAAAGAAGGUUCAAAGUGGGAAGAAGAAGCCUGCAGAAUCUAAAAAGACAGAUGAGGAAUCGGAGGAUGAAGAGACCCCAAAGAAGGUCCAAAGUGGCAAGAAGAAGCCUGCAGAUUCUAAAAAGAAAUUUGCUGUCCCCGCAAAGAAGGAUGAAGAUGAAAGUGAUUCUGAAGAUGAGGAGUCUGAGGAGGAAGAGACCCCAAAGAAGGUCCAAAGUGGCAAGAAGAGGGCUGCAGAAUCUUCAAAGAAAACUCCUACAAAGAAGGUGAAGCUUGCCACUCCUCAGAAAACUGAUGGGAAGAAAAGCAAUGAUCAUGUGGCUACACCACACCCUUCCAAGAAAUCUGGGAAGACAGCUGGUAAACAGACCCCAAAAUCAGCAGGCUCUCAUAAGUGCCAGAAAUGCGAUAGGGCAUUUGCUACUGAAGCUGGUCUGGGUUCCCACACAAAAGACAAGCACGGAGCGGGAAAGUAAAUUCGACUCCCCUAGAGAGAUGAUAUAAGUAAUAGGUAGCUGCUUGCCUUGUUUU